AUGCUUCUUCAGUACGACAACUUCGAAUUUGCUACCUCUACUCCUAAACGCGAUUCGUCGUGUAUCAAGUGGAAGAAUAGAAGUGGUGGUGUUGAUAAGUUUAUGGGUAAUGAUAGAUCCAUGAUUGGAUUGAUGGAUUCUUCACACUCGAAGAAGGAGGAUGAUGCAGCUGACAAGACAAAAGAAGCAGCAGAUGCAGUUAAAGAUGGAGCUAAAGAAGUGAGAGAGACUUGUGAAUUCAUGAGGGACACCGUAGAAACCACUGCCAAAACCAUGGGCAAAGCGACCAAACAGGCGACAGAGAAAGUAACAGAAACAGCAGAAACAAUCACAGAUAAAACAAAGGGAACUGUCUCAGGCGCAUGGGGGAUGGCCAAGAAUACUACUGAGAUUAUCAAGGACAAAGUAAUGGGCAAGUAA